CUACCAUGCGCCAUCUGCCGUGCUCGCAAGAAGAGAUGUUUUCAUUCCCCUGACGGACCUGGCGGAGAUGGUUCACAUGUGGAGACCUCACCUCGGCCAUCGCACCCAUCGUCCAACGAUAGCAGCGGUCGCGAAUCUAGCCUUGAACCUGAUCGGAUAGGGGCAUACGCUCCCGUAAACCUGCUACAGGAGAUCUCGGCGACAGAUGAUACCAUCCGGUCAGACGUCUCUCCGUCCUCAUUCUCAACACGACCUUCCCAUGAUGGACUGGUAGCACAACUUAGGCAUCGCCGAGUUCAAUGGCACAAGGCGAAUCGAUGUACUAUAUCGUCCCCGGUGCUGUCGGCGUCACAUAGGGCCUAUUUGGAAGACGCUGGCGCUUUCACAGCCCUGCCAUCUGUUACAGUCCAUGCCUUAUUGCCCGUUUACAUCGGCAUGCUUGACGACCUUGUACCUGUGGUAGAUGGGCCGAGAUUGCUGCGCGAUGCCACCACUGGGAACGCUUCUAUCCACCUGGUAAAGGCAAUAUGUCUGGUCACUUGCAAAUAUCCCCAAGCCGCACCUCAUCUUCACCUAGUUGCUGAUGGUCCAGCAGUGAGCCAAAAGAGCUUUGCGACGGCGAUGAUGACCGCUCUUGAUGCAGCAAUGCAUGCUGAGCUCGAGACCGAUGGUUUGAACAGGAUAAGAAUACUCGCUCUCAUACACCUACACAACGAUGGUACGCGAGGCCGAGAGCAGUCUUCACUUUACCUCUCAAACGCCAUAAAUCAGGCGUGGGGAUUGGCAAUUCAUCAUGACUGUCGGAGACCUGAGGAUCCAAAGACGGAGUUUCGUUCAGCUUGCGACAACUUGUGGUGGACACUUCGAAACAUGGAUCGCUUGAGCAAGCUCGUCAUGGGCGUUGCCCCUUUCUUGAUCGAUGAUAGUGACAUCGGCAUCGAACGAGUGUCGUCAGGAGAAGACGAUUACAGAAGCUCAAUCAUGGCCUUGUCGACUGCUCUAGGAGACUUGGUGGCUACCGCUACCAGUUUUUACAAAGCAAGUCUAACAGGACCACUAAUGCACGUUCGUAAUUCAGCAUACCUGGAGUUAUGGUACCAUUUGGCUGCGAUGAUGUCUUGCUGCUCUGGACUUCCGGGCACAGAUGCUUAUCUCAGACGUUUGUCGUCUGCGGAGCGAGUGAUUGCAAUUUUGGGCGACAAAGCCUACAUCGAACUUCCACCACUACCGCUCGUACCGUAUGUGCUAUCGGUAGCCACGAUAGUGGUUUACCGCUCUGUCAUCGACAGGCAGAGACCAGUACAAGAGGUAUUACUGGUCAUGAAAGACUGCUGUGAUACUCUGGACGGGUUGAGUCAACUUUGGACCAGCGCAUCAGGCUUUGUCAAGGUCGCCAAGUGGCUAUUCAAGCAGCUUGUGCUAUAUCGGCCACCACAUCUCCAUCAAAUGCGGAAAGCAGGCCUACUUAAUGGUUCCGAUCGGCUUUCAGCAGCCAUCGACGAUGUUACGGCGCCAGUUCCAUUGGCAAGGCUCGAUUCGUAUAACAGUGAAACUUCGCCGCAGAGUCAAGGCAUGUGGUCUGUCUCAGAAGUGGCCACGGAAGAGGCAUUGCUUGGGUGGGAUCUGGGACAAGGGCUUGAUAACGUCGUCUUUGAUGUUUACGCCAACAUGGAGAAUGCCGGAUUUUUCGAUUAUCUGGAUGACAACAAUAGCGAAAGUCACGUUUGA